AUGAAAACCAAUUCUGUCUUUGAAUUUACGAACAUAAACUGUACUUCCAUUGACAUCAAGGUGGGAGAAUAUGAGUACUGCUACUUAAAGUCGAUAAAUCGAAGCUACAAAUAUGUUUCCGGAAAAUAUAAGUUGUAUCAAAAAUCGUUAGCGAACAUUAAGGUAAAUUUUAGAAUGUGGAAACGACUCAAUGGAUACAAGCCUUUUCUCUACAACAUAACAGUGGAUAUCUGCCAAUUCCUUAAAAAUCAAAAAUCAAAACCGGUUAUAAAAUAUAUCUUUGACUCAUUUACCGAAUAUUCUAAUAUGAACCACUCGUGUCCCUAUACGGGCGAUUUAAUUGUGGACAAGCUGCCCGUUGGAUUUAUGAAUUACCGAAUGACUGACGUUCUUCCCAUCCCCGAGGGCAAUUACAUGAUUGAGUUUUAUUUCCUUCGCCUAAAUUCUAUUAUUGCAAGGACUCAAGUCUUUUUUACUAUUUCAUAAUGGUGUCAAAAGUGUACAGAAUUAUAACUUGUUCAAUGGAUUCAGUAAAAGUUGAGAACUUGAAA